UUAAAAGAACCAAGCUUAACUAAGCUGUCUGCUUGCGGCUUCGAUUGCUUUCUUCGGCCGAUCGAGUGAGUGGCUUAGUCAUGCGCCCCCGAUGAGCCUUGACUGCGUUCAUAUCCCGUCAUACUCCUCCGGACUCCGUAGAUAAUCCCACCUACCCAGUCCUGAUUCUCGCUUGCUCCGAUAUCCUUAAAUUCAAUGUCCCCGUCAUACCUCCCGUUCCUUUCCUAGAGUCUUACAUUCUUUCGCACUUAAAGCCCUGCCUUGCCGCUCACUUCUGAAACAAGCACAGUUCCCUCCGCAGACCCGCGGGAUCUUACAGCGUCCUUAAUCCUAAAAGUCCUUCCUUGUCUUUCUUCAGUUGCCCCUUGAGUCUCACAAACAAUACGCCCUUGCGCAUCAACGGACAGGUACUGGAAAUAGGAGGAGAAGAACAAACUCCUUGAAUGGGACGUCAGGCCUACAGAAGACCAACGCGCUUCCGAUUUUAGUACUCUUUGUUUUAGCCCCCGCUAUCGAUAAUCCGAUCUUUCCGCGCUGCAGGCGUCAGCGGCGCCUCCUUGCCUUCGAUACAAUGCUACGACGCAACUCCGACCUCGAGAUUCAACUUCCUGACGCAGGCCUUGCCGACUCACCCGACUCAUUGAAUGAGCCUGAUGUGGAGAUGCUAUCGGACGAGCACGCGCUGCCGCUCAGUUUGCCUGCGCACCUUGCGGCCCGUUUCUCACGGAAGCCGAGUAUAGUUCGCCGCUCCUCUGCAGCCUCCUCUCGCCGAAGUUCGAUUUCCUCGCUGCAUUCCCACCAUUCAAAUGCGUCCUCUCAUGGCGCAUCCUCCACGGAUCACAUUGCGCAACAUCUUCGCCGGACCUCUAUCCUGGAAAGUCGGAAAGCUAGACUUGCGGACCGCGCCUUGCACGCGGAGAAAGUGAGACUCCGCGCUGCCCUGACAAAAGCUGCUACCAGAAACCUCCAGAGGGAGGAACGAGCGCUGGCUGCUCACCAGGCUCGCGAGCGACUGUUAGCCGAGAUCACUGCCAAGUGUGAAGAGGAAGUUCGAAGGGCGAAAAAGAAGGCCGAGGACAAUCGAGAAAAGAAAGCUGCGGAGCACGCGCGGCUCCGGUUGGAAAUGGCGGAGAAAUUUGCGGAGGCAGAAAAGAGACGGGUGCUUUACCAACAAAACUAUCGGCGACAUCGCACGAGCAGUCUGCCUGCCACAGAGGAGAAAAAGAUGGCCAGAGUGGUCACCCGAUCACUCACUCGGGAUGCAGCAGCAAGGGCCAUCCAGAGGGCUUGGCGGACCUUCCACGCAAGGAAAGUCAUGCAGGAAUUCCACCAGCUAGAGCUGACAACGGAUCGUAUUCGGGGCAUGGUCUUCGAAGAUGUGGGCUCGCUCCUCUCCGAUAAUACAGUUUUGACCAGUACAGCCCGUGUUCUUCAGCUUUGCGGGCUGCAAGACAUGGAAAGCGGCACGAUGGGCGGAAGAGGUGCAGUGCGUACUUUCUUGAGCAGCUUUCUCAUUGUGACCCAUCCGGUCGAGGUCUUGAGCAGCAACGGUGAGCAGGAGCAGGAUCUCAUUGCCAAAGCUCGGGAGCUUUUGGCGGCUUUUGAACAAGUCGUACCACUGCUCUCAACCGACUUUCGCUCACCCGCAGUCCUCUCGACUGAGCUACAGACGCUCUGUGAGGCAUACAACGUAUUCUUUUCCGCGUUUCAUGCGUGGAAAACCCACGACUCGAGUGUUUUAAUCGAAAUCAUGUUAGCUCAAUUCGUUGAGCUGGAACUAAUCUGGCAGACGGUCAAGGAUGACCGAGCUGGUGGAGUUGCGGACGACUAUCGCCAGGGUAUCCGGCAGAACCAGAUCCUGCUUCUCGCUAGGCUCAAGCGUCUUGCGGGCUCAGACAAGGCAAUGCAGAUGGUGCGAGCGGCCCUGAAAAAGGCCAAGCGCGAAAAGAAACGAACCACUUCCAAGCAAGCCAUUCCACGGUCCGCCGAAGCUGCACCCUCAUCUACCGAGGCCCUCACGGAGAGUGUCGCUUCCCCCAUCAGCGAGACUUUUAACAACGUAGAUAGUACAGUUCUUCGAGAGCUCGAAAGACAACGGGUCUCGCCUCAUGAGCGAUUCACUCGGCUCCUCACGGCUCUGCCAGAAAACCGCGCCCUAGUGCAUGAGCUUCUUAUUAACAAAGAAUUCAAGAUUGAGGAAACUCAAUACACAGAGCCCCGGAGACAGAUCAUGGCGCACAUGUGUGAUAUGAUGCGAAAAGAUGUAGACGCCGGGCUAGGGACUGACUGGACAGUGGCCAUGGCUACCGUGAUCCAGGACCGCUUGCUACGAUCACUACGCCCGGGAAACUCCCUCCACGUGCUGAUAAGCGAGGUACUCGACCCCAAGCUCGUCGAAAGCCAAUGCAAAGCUGGCGCUUUCUCCUACGAUAGUUUUUUCGACUUCAUGAACACCUUACUGCCAAAGCUCUGCGCCCCUUACCGGGAUCCCGUGGUCAAGGCAUUCGCUGAGGACACUUCAGGCGAUGCUAUCGAUCGUCUAGCGAGACUCAUGGCCAUCAUCGAUCUUCUCUCACUCGAUCACACGAAUUUCAUGAUUCAGAUCGCAGCUCCCGAGCUCAUCCAGGAAGCUCCGGGCUACGAAAAAAGGACGUUCGAGAAAGGAGUACAGGACGGGUCCAUAGGUUUGGGGAAGAGCCGGCGCUUCUGUCGAACACACCGCAAAAUUCUUGUGGACGAAAUGCGGAAGCGUGAUCCGGAGCACGUCAAUGGAGAGCCCCGGCCGUCAGCAUCCAAAAUAUAUGCGCAGGGUCUCGUAGACCUUGCCCUAAGCAACGCACCAGUGUCCGACGACCUGAUUCCUGAAACUCUGGAAUUAGAUCGGCGGCGGCUGAGGAAGCUCCAUGCGCAGGCAUUCCGGAUCGUGGCCACGGCGUCCAUUCUGAUAACGGCAAAGAAUCUGCUCAAGCGCGAUGUGCGCUCCCAGUGGAAAGCGGACGCUGAUCGUAUCUUGUCCCUGGAUUUUAGCGAGAUUCGACCGGACCGAGUUCAGUCCAUACUAGAAUCAACGCAUCCCAUGCCGUCUAGUGCGAGCGUUCAACUCGCGGCCACCAUCCGGCGGGUUCUGGGGCCGGUUGCCACAGCAUGUGCGGCCAUUUCUCCUUUCGAAACAACGCAGGCACCAGUGGAGAUCUAUACCGAUUCGUCGUCGGAGCCCGGGAAUGUCGGAGGAUCGAGUAUGAACGCGGCAGGGAUGACUAGUUUUACGGAUCCUGUUGCUCGUCUCAUCCUCUCACGCUUGCGCACCCACAUCCUCUCUCGACUCAGUGCCAGUAGUGCCAGUGAGAGGGUGCGGGCUACAUCGACGGCCAGCCAGAGCUUGGCCGGCGCAGGUAUGCCUGAGUUCGUCAACGAAGUGGGACAACUCACGGAAGAGCUGGAGAAGGUCCGUGAGGUGGACUGGAUAAGUCAUGGCAUGAUCUAUGAGCAAAUCUUCGGGGAAUCUGUUUCUCAGGAGCCGAGCGCAUGAUGAUGGCGGUUUUGUCAAUACUGUUCACUAAUUAAUAUGCACGUUUGUUCAGGUUGACUCUGAGGGGCUUGGGAAUUUUGGGUUGGUUCUGUUUGGAUUUGAUUUGUAUUCCUUUCUUUGCUUUUUGGUGGAUGACGGACUGCGCUUGGUCGGUCGACUAGAAUUCCAUCGCUGUCUAUAGCUGAAUGUUAUAUGAUGAUCAUAUAUACAUGGGGUUUAUCAUAAGGAAUUUGAGCAUAGCCCGCCAUAGUAACUAGUUAAC